AUGAGAAAUAUGGGGACAACGGUACAAGCUGGGGCCAGUGUCCCAGUCUGGGUGGCCUGUCUACUCCUGGCAUUUCCCGCCCUAGGCAUUGGACCAAAUGUCCCUCAGCCUGAAGUGGAUACCCCACUGGGUCGUGUGAGAGGCCGGCAGGUGGGUGUGAAGGGUACCGACCACCUGGUGAAUGUCUUCCUGGGCAUUCCAUUUGCUCAGGCACCACUGGGGUCUCUGCGGUUCUCAGCCCCACUUCCACCACAGCCCUGGGAAGGUGUGAGGGAUGCCAGCACCAAUCCCCCAAUGUGCCUACAGGAUGUAGAGAGAAUGAGCAACGGCAGAUUCACCCUCAACGAAAAACUUCAGAUCUACUCUAUUUCUGAGGACUGUCUGAUCCUCAACAUCUACAGCCCCACUGAAGCCACUGCAGGGGCCAGACUGCCGGUCAUGGUAUGGAUCCAUGGGGGCUCUCUGGUAGUUGGUUCCGCCACCUCCCAUGAUGGAUCAGCCCUGGCUGCCUAUGGGAAUGUUGUAGUAGUCACUGUCCAGUACCGCCUUGGGAUCUUUGGCUUCCUCAGUACUGGAGACAAACACAUGCCGGGCAACCGAGGCCUCCUAGAUGUGGUGGCUGCUCUACACUGGGUGCAGGGAAACAUAGCCCCCUUUGGGGGUGAUCCCAACUGUGUCACGAUCUUUGGUAACUCUGCUGGUGGCAUGAUCGUCUCAUCCUUGGUCCUGUCUCCACGGUCUGCGGGGCUCUUCCACAGAGCCAUAUCCCAGAGUGGGGUUAUCAACAACAAGAUACUGAAGGAGAUGAACCCAUGGCCUGAAGCUCAGACCUUUGCCAACUCCUUGGCCUGCAGCUCCGUAUCCUCGGCUGAGCUGGUGCAGUGUCUGCUGCAGAAGGAAGGAAGGGACCUUAACAAGCAGAAAAAUGUGAACAUUUCCUACAUAAUCAACGACUCCUUCUUUCCAAGAAGCCCAGAGAAGCUCCUAACAGAGAAGCAAUUCCCCACUGUGCCUUACCUCCUGGGAGUCAACAACCAUGAGUUUGGCUGGCUCAUGCUCAAGGUCUGGAAUAUCCUGGAUAAUUUGGAACAUUUGAGCCAGGAGGAGCUGCUGGAGAUUUCAAGGCCCUUCUUGGCCCUUAUAGAUAUACCCCCUGAGAUUGUGUCCACCGUCAUAGAUGAAUACCUAGACAAUGGCUCAGAUGCAUCAGCUGCAAGGUAUGCCCUCCAGGAACUACUAGGCGAUAUCGUGUUUGUCAUUCCUACCUUGAACUUCUCAAGACACCUCCAAGAUGCCGGGUGCCCUGUCUUCUUGUACGAGUUCCAGCAUAUACCCAGUUCUUUUGCAAAGUUCAAGCCAGCCUGGGUGAAGGCUGACCAUGGGUCUGAGAGUCCAUUCAUUUUUGGAGGUCCUUUCCUCACAGAUGAGAGUAAUCUCCUGGCCUUCCCAGAGGCCACAGAGGAAGAGAAGCAGCUAAGCCUGACCAUGAUGGCCCAAUGGACCCAGUUUGCACACACAGGGAACCCCAAUGGCAAGGGGUUGCCUUCUUGGCCCCAGUUAAACCACUUAGAACAAUACUUGGAGAUUGGCCUAAAACCACGGACUGGGGUGAACCUAAAGAAGAACCGGCUACAGUUCUGGUCAGAGACACUGCCCAGAAAAAUCCAAGAGUGGUACCAACAGCAGAAGACCAGAAAAUCUCCAGAGGAACUCUGA